UUUUGGGCUUACACUGGUCCUCCUCCUCCCCCUCCGCCUCCAACACCUCCUCCUCCUCCUCCUCCGAUUCCUCCGAUUCCUCCUCCUCCUCCUGGGCGGGGCCAUGACCUUUGUGUCCUACGCCCGCUGGGGGCGCUGCCGCGCCGCCGCGCUGUCCCCGUGGAGCCGGCGGGUCAACCUGCUGCUGCGGGCCCACCGGGGGCUUGCCGGCGCGCCGCUGCUACGCGCGGCGGCGGAGCACAGGCCGCUGAUGGGCUUCGCCGAGCAGAGUCCGGUGCGCCUGGUGUGGCCAGACAGCGGGAGAGGGAACGGUACCGGUAGAGAGCUUCUGCACCUCAGGCGAUUCAGGCCGCAAUCGCUGGGAGCGACUCGGACGUUAUAUUGCGGCGCAUCUUCUCAGAAAUGAUGGAGUCCUCGAUACCAAAAUGGUCAACAAGAUAUUAGCACGAUGGGCUGAGAGCUUGCCGCUGUGCGUUGUACAGGUCCUGGUGGACUGCCGCCAUAUCACUACGGGGCGUGACGGAUUCGGAGGUGCAAGAUGGGGUGGAGAAGCCAAUUGUUAUAUCAAUGCGAUGCCUGGUCGCUCACAUCCAGGUCGUCGCGCGAGCCUGCCGUCAUCCUCAUCCACAGCCUCGUAGGAGUGGAGAGCAGCUUUUUUGGGCGUCGCGCUUUGAAAAGUUCAUUGGCCUCCUCUCAGCGCAAUCGUACUGGGAGCGCCCUGCGACCGUUCUAUUGGUAGUUUCGCCAUUCACACUUUACCCUGGUGUUUGUCCCUCCAGCACCCACCUGCUGUUCUUCAAUCCCGCUUCCCAAGACUACAGAAAAGAGGGAAGGAGACGAGAUGCAGG